AUGUUAGCGAAUCAUAAAUGUACAUUGGGUCUCGACACGAAUAGCGCGGUUCUUAAGAAGCGCGGACAUUGGUACAACGUUACCAAAUGCCUCCGCAAAGUCAGCCAGGUGUCCCUGCGGCACCCCAACACUUUCGACCACUAUAGAAGCUAUUCCACGGUUAUAGCUGAACAGCAGAGACAGAUAUUUGAGGGUGGGAACUAUGUGAUACACCCGUUGAGUCUAAUUAGUCUAUAUUGGAACAGUGUAUCAUCAAUACUGAACAUCUUACACAUGUGUGUGUCUACAUUUCGGCUCAGUCAUGUCAUUGACCACCCCCAACCCCCUCGACUGCACGAAGUGGACAUUUUGCUGCUGAUUCUACACGCAACAUCUCUAUUGGAUAUCAUUAUGAAAUUCAAUACUAGCUUCCCUGAGGAUUACCCAGUAAAUGUAGUUAUGGAUAGACGGAGAAUUGCUUGUCGUUACAUCCAUUUCUGGUUUUGGGUGGAUUUUGUGUCAAGUAUCCCAUUCUCCUUUGUACUCUUGCACAAUAACUUCAUCGAAAAACGAUGGCUCUUUCUUGCCCACAUGCUACCUCUACUCAAAACGUUACGACUAAGAUCGUCGCUAACGAAUAUACACACAUUAUUAAAGAUAUUUACACGGUCCUUCAUUUGGCACCGUUCAUGCCACUAUCUUGUUCUAUUCGCCGUGACGAUGCACUGGGCGACGUGUUUUAUCUAUACCCCGGUUGUUGUAAAGUAUUACUGGUCCGGAUAUGUUCCAAGCGGAUAUAAUACAUUUCUUUCUUCCAGAGACAUUACAAAAUGUUGUCCGAGCGAUAAAUAUUUUAAAGCCCUGUUUGUAUGUCUGUCUACGUUUUUUGGUACCGGUUUUUCAACGUACAAGGUUAAUAAUCCCGAUGAAUUUAUAAUAUAUUCAACCAUUAUUUUAUAUACUUCGAUGUUCAUGGUUUAUACAAUAGUGUUCCUACUGAAAAUUUAUAUGACAAAAUAUAAUUCAACGAUGCGAUAUCAUGGCCUUAUCAACCAAGUGGAGGCGUAUAUGCAACAAAAGCAAUUUCCAACAUUAUUGAAAAAACGCGUGUUCACAUUUUACACGUAUAAAUAUGAAGGAAAAUAUUAUAAAGAAGACGCUGCUUUGGACUGUCUUUCCGAUCAACUUCGCCAUGAGAUUAUAAUGCAUACAUGCAAUAAAUUCAUCCACGAAGUCAAGCUACUCAAGGACCUGCCGGCCAAUCAGAUGGGCGAGCUGAUGAGCUACCUCAAGCCGGAGACGUACCUCGCGAAUGACUUGAUACUCAGAGCUGGUGAUAUCGGCGACUGUAUGUACUUCAUCGCUUACGGGACUGUUGCGAUUUACUCUUUAAAAGGAGCUGAGAUCGCACAUUUAGAGGACGGUGAUUACUUUGGCACUGUAGCGCUGCUGAUGAAGGACUCAAAACGCAUAACUACAGUAGUAUCCGUAGAGAUAACUCAUCUGUAUCGACUGGAUGCUCCUUAUUUUAGACAGUAUCUCAUGUCCAAUAAAACAAUCAGAGAGAGAAUUGAAACACUCUCGUCUAAAAGGAUGCAUGAGAGUGUGGUGCAGGAUGAGGAGUUCCGACACCGGCAAGAGAAGAAACGAGAAGAAAAUAUCUUCUCACAUCACGAAUUUAAUAAUAGUCAAUAAAUAUUAAAUAAGAAAAAUUCAUUUAAGUAAUUUUUUUCCAGCAUUCCGUAAAUUCAGAGCACAUGGAUAAUUAUAUUGAGAACAUAUAGGGGUUUUUUUGUAUUCUAAGGGCCGAUUUUUCAAUCCUUG